AUGCGAAUGCUGAGCGGUUUCUGCCUCCUCUCCGCAUGCCUCCUUGCAGGUGAGGCCGCCAAGAUGAAGGCAAAGUCCUCUGGCAACCUGCAGGACUCCAUGCUGACGCUCUUGGCCUCUACGGACUCUCGUUCUCAGAAGGUCUCAAGCAUGGAGAGUAUGGUGAUGGAGCUCGCCAAGCAGGCAAAGAUGGCCACAGCGGAUUCGGGCAACACCUCGGA